UUAACUGAAAUCAACCAAGUAAAGUUUAUUCAACAACAAACAUUACAAGUUAGAAUACUAAAUUAACUGUUAACAAUUCUGUGAUUUUAUUAUUUGCUGCAAAAUUUAUUGUGCAUAAUUUGCAAAAAUGCUUAAGAAAUUUGUUGAAGUAAAUGCGGACGCAAGUCCAUCAGAGAAUCCAUAUGCAGUACGUACGUACAUGGGCGACAACGUCGUAACGGAAUGGAAGGUGGAGAAUUGUCCGAUCCGUGAACGUGUCUGCCAGAAAAAGCCACCAAACUCAACGAUCUCGCAUGUUCUGACCAUCGAGGAUGAGCUGCGGCGGCUUCAUCAGAAAGCUGAGGAAUCGCGCUUCGCCCGUCCAUUCAAGAAGAAGUGUGAUCUCUACGAUGAGUUCAACAUGUGCAUAAUACCCCAAAGAACUCCGGAAGAAUUAAAAACGAAUGCCAUUAUGCGUGAACGUUUGCUAAUGUCCAAAAGGGACGUUGGACUUGUGGAGCACGAUGCACGCAUUGACAAAACGUGCCCCAAGGAUCUUGUGGCCCUCAACAGUCCAAUGAAUGUGGACGAAGCCGAAGAAGAGGAGGAUGUCGAAGGGGAGGAGGAAGAAACGGAAGUUAAGCCAGAGCUGGCAUCGCCAGAAUGCAGCUCCAAUAUGAUUAUAAUACCCGACAAGCGCAUGCUUGAAUUGAAACGUCCCAAAAGUCGCAUUUAUAUAAACGAAACUCAAGUUGGUCCUCUAGAAGAAUUGCCAUUCCCCACAUAUAAUCCACGUAUUAUUCAAGAAGGUUUAGAGGGUGAAAAUUUGAGAACCUAUGACAUUAUCGAGGGCUGUAGCCCGCAGGACUUAUGGACCUGGAAUAUGGGCAUGCAGAAGCGGGAAAUGGAUUUGGAUCAGGACUUUAUAGCAGCAUCUUUGCCUAAAUAUGCUCACGAUCUCGAACUCACGGUCUACAAUAUACCCGAUCAGCUGGGAAAAACAUUCGGCGCUGAAAUUGUAUUCGGUACUCGAAAUAUCUAUCCGGAACCCAAAAAAGAAGCAUUUCGACAGACUUAUUACAAUAGACCCAGCGAGAUAGCCGCCAUUAUUAUAGCCUUUGUGGAGACAUAUCACAUGAAUCCAGAUUUCUGGACAGCCGGCACAAUGGAUGGUAUACUUAAACGAGGUGUUAAGCUGUUGAAAAAGAGCCAAUCCCUCAAUUAUAAGUCGGAGGAUAAUGAUUUUGAUAUAUUACCUCAAGUGGCUGAACGUCAGUCGGCAGUUCAGAUCGUCAUACACUUCACGGGACAAUUUAAGAACGAACCAAAUGUCUAUAAAGCACUUUCCCUAUACUUUUCGAAAUAUAAUGCAUGCAUUUUUACCUCCCGCGAUAUGUUCCUCUUGAUUUGGAAACGUUGCUCAAACUCUUUCUUCAUCUUCGAUUCAAAUGGUCGCAAUGAUCUCUGUCUGCGCGACUUUGAGGAGGGAAAAUGUUCCCUGAUGGCGACACGGUUUGUGGAGCACUUGGUGCAUUUGAUAACUAAAUUCAGUGACUUGACGCCGGAGGAUGAGUUCAAUAUCUAUGAAAUAUCGCUGACUCAAUAUGGUAAGCUCAAGGAGCCCGAAAUUGUCAAGGAUAAACUAUUUCACUAUCACAAACUGUGGGCUGUGGUCAAUGAGCAUUUCGCUGUGAAAACGGGAGGAAAUAGCGGUAUACAACAGCCCAUUUCCGGUACGGAAAAGAAUGCAUCUUUGGUCGUUUCUCUCAUUGCGCUCAUCUACUCGGAGUUCGAGUUGGCCAAAGUGUGGCGUCCCAUGACCAUCGAUGAUAUCCUCAGAUACGGCGUAGCUUAUUACAAGACUCUACGUAAGAAGUUCCGUUUGGAUGGCAAACGUUGGAAGAACAAGAAACCGGAAUUAAACAUUGUUGACUUACCCGAAAUGUUUUUGAUGGGCGCCUUUAAGGCGACGGUUCGCAAGUAUCCUUUCCUGAUAACUGGACAUGUGACGGACUGUCCGUCGUAUUUGGAAUCCCAGCUGACCCAGGCCCUGCAGCAUCUCUUCGAAAUGCAAGAGUGGCCAGGAGCCUUGCUUCAGAUUGAUAACUCCGUUUUGUCAAUUUGGCGGGAUCGUGAGUUCUUCUACGUCUUUGAUCCAUUUCGACGUAAUCGCGUCGGCAUGGUCGUUGACCCCGAUGAUUAUCGCAUCAAGGGUCUGGCCGUGCUGCAGAUGCACACCACAUUCGACUCCUUUGUCCGCCUCAUUUAUCAGAACGCCUUGAAGAUGCGUCGCGGUGGCAAGUUCUUUAUUCAUGGCAUUAGAACAGGAUGCAUUCGUCCCUUGCAGGUGAUGACACAACAGACAAAUAAGUUUCCAGCCCUGCAGAUGGGAUUGCCCACAUUCACGGAUGAAGCGGGAGGGCAAGAAUUGGUGCAGAAGAAGAGUAUUGAGAGUAUUCCUGAGGAGGAGCGCAUUCCCGUGCGGGACGAGAAGGAGAUGGUGGAGGAUCUCAUACUUUCCAUCAUCAAUAACAUUAUCAAGGAGUUGCCCGAGCCCAAGUUCGAUCGUCCUAGUAUGUACAGGCAAGCACAGAAAGUCCUGUUGCGCUCAGACAAGGAGAAUCUCCGUGCGCUGCGCCUGAAGAUUAAGCGUGGCUACGAGCUGGGCGAGGAGGAGGAGGAAGAUCUGAAACGUGUGCUAACCAUCGAAGAGGAGCUGGCCCUAAAGACGAACUACAUGACUCUGCACGACGGAGCCUACAUCAUCAUGGGCACCACAAAGCUGCCGCCGCUGGAUGAGGAAAUGACCAAACUGGGAGGUCUUCUUUCCGCUCUGGUGGCCAUUGCCGUAUCGGCCAAAUACAAGGUGUCCACCUGGAAUGCAGAUCUCAUCGAGUUCUGCUUGACAUCCGUCAACAGCUUCAGUGAUGAUUACCAGAGCUACGAGUUCAAUCUAUCCUGUUUGAUCAGUAAAAAGUUACCUGAUAUUGCCGUGGGCAAGAGCAACUUCUCUCUAGUUGUGAACGAGGUUUACAAGUCUUCCGUAUCGUCAUCGCUGCGUCAGGAUCUGCUCGAGUUGCUUAUCGAUAACAAUCGUGUCCUGGUCGUUUGCCAGCACUUCUCCUGUGUCAUUUUCAAGCGUUACAAUCUCCUCUACAUGUUUAUUGGAUUCCCUUGCAAUGCAAUUGGAUAUCGGAAAAGUGGGAGUGGUCCCGCCUGCAUGAUGAGAUUUAUCGAACUGGACUCGCUGAUACGACGCAUUGAGUUUGGCUGCAAUCCUCAGGGAUGUACGGUGAUGAAUUACAUUGUAGCUGGCAUCAAGGUUGUCGAUAAUAAUCUGGAUGGUCGCUUCCGUCGUUGGGGCAAGGCGGAUGAGGAUGCGGAGUUCAAUGCGGAGGCGGCGCGCAAGAAGAAAUUGAGGGAGCAACGCCUCGAGAAGAUGCGCUACAUCGAUGAGGAGCUCAAGAAGGAGAACAAGCGUAUUCAGGACUUCCUCGAGGCCAAGAAAUCUCACGAGGAUCGCAAGAAACGUAAACCCGAGUACAAGGAUCUUGGCCUGGACGAGGCAAUGGACGAGAAUGAAGAGGACUUUGGUUUCAUGGAAAUGGAGGAAGAAGCGGAGGGCGAAGAGGAGAUCGAACUGAAGCACAAACCAGGCAGGAAGUUGCCCAAGGAAAUACGCAAGACCUAUAAACCUCGUCCCAUUCUCUACGGCUAUCGCAUGCGGGAGAAAGAUUGUAACUUCAAGAUCCAGGGCAGCAUGAACUUGGAUGGACGCCAGGAUGGAUCCUUUAAGGAGAUCAAGCCUUGCUACUUCGCUUGUGCCUUGGCCAUCCUCAGUUGUUCCCUCCGUCCGCUCAAUCAAUGGAAUUCGUAUCGAAUUGAUCGGGUUAUAACUCAUGCCAAGUCGAUUUCGAGUCGUGUCUGCGAUCUGGAAUCGGUCUUUGAGCGUGUGGUGCGUCAUGUGACCAUUGAUGACUACGAAUUCGAUAUCUGGAUACGCAUGUUUGAGCCCCAAGGCAUGUGGACUCCUCCACAAAAGCCUACAAAGGUUACCAAAGAGGCUGGCCUGAACAUUAUCAAGAAGAAGCUGCAGAAGACACUGAAUACCCGGAAAUAUCUGAUGAUAUUUACACCCAAUGGUUGCUACGCUUUGUACCAUGAUGAGUUCUAUCAUCUUUUCGAUCCCUAUGCGAGCAUGGACUUCGGCGGUGGAGAAGAGGAGGAUAACGAUGCUGGCGGUGAUGAGGAGGACGGAGAUGGAGAUGGCAAGAAGAAGAAGUGCCCCAAAGGACCCAAACGUUACCCCGAACGCAACACUGCCUCCUGGGUGCUCUUUGCCGAUGUGGACACCAUGUUCCAAUACAUCGAUAAACGUUGUGCACAGCCAGAUUGGAAGGAGCAGAGUCAGUACAUGUUCUACGUUGUGGAUAUCCUUUCGUAUAAGAAGGCAGCACCCAAUACCCGCAUCUUGCAACUCUUGACGGAUCUGUCUGUGCCCAUGACAUGCUCCAACAAUCAAUACGGACAUCCUGAGUACGAGAUUUGUGCCACUAACGAAUCCCUUGGCUGGUUGGAACUAGAGAACUGUCUUCCUGUUUGGAGUCGCAUGAAUCGACGUAAUACAGCUGGAAAGUAUCGCAAUCUUCCGCUGAGCAAGCUAAAGAAGUACGACAUAGAGAUCGAAGGUCGGUUGUGGUCACUUUGGGGUAAUCUGCAUCCCGAGGCUCCUGUGUUUGAUGAUCUCAAUCGCGGACGUCAGUAUCUUGGCAUCUAUGUGAUCGCCUGCUGUGCGGCGAGUGUUUAUAACCUUAUGGACUGGAGUGCUCAAUUGCUGGACACAAUUGUCGUCAGUGGAGACAAGUAUUUCCAGGAGAGCGUUGACCAAAUCAAUAAGGAGGAUUACGAGUUCUCUUUGGAGAAUCUUAACAUUGAUUGUUCCCUGGAAGCCAUGAACUUUGUGGUCCAUAUCGAACAUGUCUGCUAUGGAAAACUCUAUCGAGUUCCUGAAUUUAAUCGAAUGAAUCUCUCGGAGGCUUUAAUCUACUUCUUCAGUCAUUAUCAAUUCGGCAUUGUGAUGGUUCGCAAAAGAGCCUUGGCCAUUGGAUUCUGUCCGGGCCAUGACGGUGGUUACUUCAUGUACGAUUGCCAGGAGAAGGAUCAACCAUUGUUCCCCAAACAACAAGGUGCAUCCUAUUUACUGCGAACUCGGCAUCUUCAGGUGCUUCUAUACUGCAUUGUGGUAACCCUCAAUGUGCCCUUCUAUAACAUCGACUUUAGCAUACAUAAAGUGGAAAUGCUGAGGGAAGGCGCCACCGUUGAGAACGAAGAGGAGGAGGAGGAAGGCGAAAAUUAAUAGUGUGAUUAUCUAGUCUGUGUGUUUAGUAAUUAUUUAAUUUACAAUUUUAUGAUACGGCUAUACAAUAAACUGAAUAACCACAG